GUUAAAAUAAAAACACAUGGAAGAUGAGAAGUUUCAAGUUUACACUAAUUUCUUUCAGAAUAAAAGAGUUAAGUGAUGUCACAAUUUCUGAGAGUAUGGACUUCUCGUAUCUAUCGUCAAAAUUUCAAGAAAUUGUUGAAUCAGGAUGUUUACAAUUGUAGAAGUUGCAGCAUUCAUAGAUAUUCAUCAGAGAGUGAAAAUGAUAAACUAAUCAGAGUGGUAGAUAUUCCUGUAAAAGAAAUUAAAGAACCACCAGUCAUAUUUAGCAGAGGCAAAAGGAAGCCUGUUCAUGAUGAAAACAAUCCAGUUGCCACACAGCUUCAAUUACUUAGUGCUGGUCUGGAAAAAAGAAAACUUCAACUGAAUGUAGAAAAAUGGUUCAAGGAUCAUGGAUUUACAAGUGGCCAUUCUUCUAAUGUAGAAUUCAAAUCUGGCAAUGAAUCCUUUGGUGUAAAACAAAGAAGAAAGACUACUGCAGUCCAAAAGGAUGCCAAAAAGCAAACAAGGAAAAAAUCAACUAAAAAGCACCCAGCAGAAAAUGAUUCUGUUGAGGCUUUUCAAAACAGUACAACAGAAGUAGACGAAGAACAGAUAAAAAGCAAGAUUGAUCUUAAAGAGACAUACAAAAAAUACCUUAAAAGAGUUGAAGCGGAAAAAGGAAAGGUUGGCAGUGUAUCUAAAAAGAGUAAAAAGCAAAGUGCUAAUGAAUCAGAAGACAUAGAAGGGUUCACAGAUCGAAAACAAACUCAUGGAAAAGUGUCAUCAAAAUCAAAGAAAGAGACAGGGAAGAGCCUCACUCUCCCCAAGCACUAUAAUGAAGAUUUACUGAGUUAUAUGAGAGCAUCAUUAAUGGGAGGAAUGAUGCACCAUGCACAUUCAGUCUUGAUGCAACAUUCUGUGAAGCCUUUACACAAAAUCACAGAUCCACACAUCUUUAACUGUGUUCUCCUUGGCUGGGCCAGAAAGGGAAAGGAUGUAAUGCUGAAUGAAGCACUGGCUCAGAUGAAGAAGUUCAAGAUCCCAGAAACUUAUGACACUUUUGCUGCAGAGUUACUUUGCAUUGGAAAUAAACGGAACUAUAAAGAGAGAGAACAUGAAAUUAGAGACAUUUUACAGAUGAUGGAAGAAAAGAAUCUUGAUAUCAAGUGUAUGUCCCAGAAGAUUGAAUACUUGACUCCAAAGGAUGCAUUGAAUGUUAUAAAGGUUAUCCAGGUUGUAGAGCCAGGUUACAGUCAUUUAGGAAAUGAAAGUUUAACAGCACAACAUUACUCUGUUCCAUUACUAGAAGACUUCAAUAAUCCACCUAAUAAAGAUGUUCCAAAUCCACUUUACAGAAUUAUAUCAAACUCAAAAUUUGAAGAGAAUUUGCAAAAACAGCUUCAGUUUGAAGAAAAGGGCUCAGUUUACAUGGAUAGUGUAUAUUAUACAAAACCUGUCGGUGUAAAGAAAGAGCAGACAAAGAAUCAUUUACUGGAGCAGUUCCAUAGAGCACUGUAUGGAGCAUUUAGAUUUCAUCUAAAAAAGCAUUCCAAAGGAAAACUUGAUCCAACCAUUGAAAAAGAUGUUGAGCAAAUAUGGCCUUUUCUGAAAGCCUUAAAGACAAAUGAGUACAUAGAUUUGAUGAUGAAGGAAAUUGAAGUGGUGGCUGAGAAAGGGUACUCAGCUGGGUAUAGAAAACACCAGCUGGGAUUAUCUGUCAUCAACUUAAUCCAAAGGAAGUAUUUUAAAGAAUUUGGAUAUUUGGAGCUGCAAAAAAUGGUCUACAAAGAAUAUAUUGGAAUUGUGUUGGAUGAAAAAAAUCCCAGCAGAUGCCACAGAGAAAUUUGGCAGUCAUUAUGCAGGAAAUAUACUGGCAAAACUGCAAUUCUUCCAGAUUAUAACUUCCCAGACCAUAUAUCAUACAAAAUUGGAAAUUUCCUUUAUUCUUUGAUGAAUACACAUUUGAAGAUGAUUUCCAAAAAACAUGAUGGCUCUACAUCCAAUGUCCCUGUUCUUAAUUUUGUAAAACAAGAUGAGAAUAGAGAUGGGAAACUCUUAACAUUUGUUCAGCUACAUCCCCAUAUAAAGAAGAUUUGUUUGACUGACACAGUAAUGAAAAGUGAACAAGCCUUUUACCCCAUGUUGGUGCCCCCUGUCCCUUGGCAUGGCAUGCAGUUAGGAGGAUUUAUUACAUUUAAUAGUGAUCUCAUUAGAUGUCUAGAUGAAAAUCAAAUGGAACUAAAAUAUCUGAAGAAAUUCCCCAAAGAUUGUCUAAAUCCUGUCAUGGAUUCCUUAAACAUUCUAGGUACCUGUGGCUGGAGGAUCAAUACAAAGAUGCUGGAUGUUGUUAUGGAGCUGUUUAAGAAGAAUGCUGGUGUCUCUUUGGAUAUUCCACCUGCUAAACACACCAUGCCAAAACCUGUCUUCCCUUCUUUAAAAGUUAAAGAGAUAAAUGAAAGUGAAAAUAAAAUGGAUGAAGACGAAAAGAAGAAAGUGAAAGCUGAAUUAUGGAAGAAAUACUAUAAAGUGAAGAAAGAUAGAGCUGAAACACACAGUCUGUGGAGUCACAUGCAUCGAACACUGUCACUGGCAAACUCAAUUAGAGAUGAAGUGAUAUGGUUUCCACACAGUUUAGAUUUCAGAGGGAGGUCCUAUCCAUUUAUGCCCCACCUGAAUUAUCACGGGGAUGAUGUGAGACGGUCCCUUUUCCAAUUCGCUAAUGGAAAACCUCUUGGAGAAAAGGGACUUGAUUGGCUGAAGAUACAUCUGAUUAAUUUAACUGGCUUCGCAAAAAGGUCUUCAAAUGCAGAGAGGCUUCAACUAGCCAAUGAACUAUUACCUGAUAUUAUGGAUUCUGCUGAUUAUCCUCUUGAGGGAAGGAGAUGGUGGCAGACAUCAGAUGAACCCUUUCAGACUCUAGCUGUCUGUAUGGAGAUAACGGAUGCUGUGAGGUGUGAAGACCCCAGUAAGUUUGUGUCCUACUUCCCCACUCACCAGGACGGGUCAUGUAAUGGUCUCCAGCACUAUGCAGCUCUGGGCAGGGAUCAAGCAGGGGCGGAGUCGGUCAAUCUGAGUCCCUUCUCUCACCCUCAGGAUGUGUACAGUGAUGUUGUAGAACUGGUGGAGAAAAUAAGAAGAAAGGAUGCAGAAGCUGGCCUUGAGAUAGCACAGAAACUGGAAGGGCUUGUCAAAAGAAAGACAAUCAAGCAGACCAUUAUGACUUCUGUUUAUGGGGUCACUAUGUACGGUGCUAAGUUACAGAUCCUGAAGCAGAUCAGCCCUUUACCUGACGAGGCCCUGCCUAGUGAGUUACACUCACUGGCCAGUGCCUACCUAGCCAAGUGUGCCUUCAAGGCCUUAGAGGAGAUGUUCUCCAGUGCCAGAACAAUUCAGGACUGGUUUACCCAGAUAGCCCGAGGGAUGGCGAAGACUUGUAAGAUGCCCACUCAGUGGAUUACACCUAUGGGAAUGCCCAUAAUUCAGCCCUACAUCAAGCAGGAUAUUCAAACAAAGUUCAAGAAGGACUACAGCAUUGAAGAACUGAUGAAGCUGAAAGUGGAAAGCAGGAGGCAGAGAAAUGGUUUCCCUCCAAACUACAUCCACUCCAUUGAUGCCAGUCACAUGAUGCUCACUUCACUAGAAAUGUACAGGGCCGGGUUAACUUUUGCCUCAGUACAUGACUGCUACUGGACACAUGCUAUUGAUGUCGACUCAAUGAAUAAGUUUUGUCGGAAACAGUUUGUUGCCUUGCAUAAUCAACCUUUACUAGAAACCCUCUCUGCUGACUUUUUAAAUGAUAUACAGAAGUACAAAAAGGAGCAUCCAAAGUUAAAGAAAUUACACCAGCAGGCAGUAGAUGACUUAAGUGAACUUGUAUGUAAUGUACCUAAAAAGGGCACAUUUGACUUGAACAUAGUGUUGGAAUCAGAGUAUUUCUUCAGCUGAUUCAAUAAGUGAUAUACCAUGUGAAUUUUUUGUGACACACCACAAAGCUGAUCUGUGAUGUUAAGUAGAUGCAUUGGUAUCUGUGAUUUUUUUUAAUAUAUUGACAGCUCUAAAAGAAAGGGAUGCAACCAAUUUCAUUUUCUUUAUAUCAUAACUUCAUGUUUUACAUGUAUGUGUUUUUACACACACAUAGCAGCUCUAUCUCAAAUCAGGAAGUUCUAUUUCCAUCAGUAUUCAUGUGUUGUUUUGUUAUAUU